GCCCGAAAGACCGGUACUUGCGGGGCCUCUAGCUUCGCCCCGGGCUGCGGGCAGCCCUGGCGGCCGCGGGAGACCGCAAGGGGCGGAGGAAAGCAGGGGGCGGCGGGGGCCGGCCUCGGCACGCGGAGGAACAGCCGAGCAUGCCCCGAGACAACAUGGCCUCCCUGAUUCAACGGAUCGCCCGCCAGGCGUGCCUCACCUUCCGGGGCAGCGGGGGCGGCCGCAGCGCUUCCGACCUCGGCGCGGCUCCGAGCCCCGAAGCCUCGAUGCCGCAGGGCUUCCCGGAGAACCUGAGCAAGCUGAAGAACCUCCUGACCCAAGUCCGCGCCGAGGACCUGAACAUCGCCCCGCGUAAGGCCACGCUGCAGCCAUUGCCACCCAACCUGCCGCCGGUCACCUACAUGCACAUCUACGAAACCGACGGCUUCAGCCUCGGCGUGUUCCUGCUCAAGAGCGGCACGUCCAUCCCAUUGCACGACCACCCGGGCAUGCACGGCAUGCUCAAGGUGCUCUAUGGCACCGUGCGCAUCAGCUGCAUGGACAAAGUGGAGGCGGGCGGCGGGCAACAACCGCGGGCCCCGCCGCCAGAGCAGCAGUUCGAGCCACCGCUGCAGGCCCGGGAGCGGGACGCCGUGCGGCCGGGCGUGCUGCGUUCGCGGGCGGAGUACACCGAGGCCAGCGGCCCCUGCGUCCUCACUCCGCACCAGGACAACCUGCACCAGAUCGACGCUGUGGACGGACCCGCCGCCUUCCUGGACAUUCUGGCCCCGCCCUAUGACCCCGACGAUGGCCGGGACUGCCAUUAUUACCGGGUGCUGGAGCCCGUCAGGGACAAGGAGGCCUCCGCCUCGGCCUGUGACCUGCCCCGAGAGGUGUGGCUCCUGGAGACCCCGCAAGCCGAUGACUUCUGGUGCGAGGGGGAGCCCUAUCCAGGGCCCAAAGUCUUCCCUUGAAGCCGCUGGCGCCUAGUUGCUGUGGGCUGAAGACGUGCUCUAUUCACAUCUGGGCCUCGCUGCCCGCGACCCACCAUAAGGGCUCUCUCCCUACCCCCAGGCCUGGGCGUUGGAUCUACUGGAAUGGGCUGUAGCCGCUUCCUCCGGAGCCGUGGGAAGCACGGGCGCCUGGAGUGCAGCCACGGGGCCCGGUUAGGGGGUGGGGAAGGCUGGUAGGCUAUGUUGUUUCCUGGCUCUGUCACUGCCACCGGGGUUUUGAUUUGGGGGAAGGGGGGUAGGGGACUAUCUGAAGCGCUUCCAUCCUAAAGCCAUAAUGAAAAUAUUCUUUUUUCUGUUCCCUAUCCUACACAAAAUACACUAAAUGCUCCCACCCCCCCCCCCUUCCCCGGGUAAAUAGGGUUUGUUUUCCACUCAUAUCUUAAUGCCCUUUUACUUAUUGUUAUAGUUUUAACUUAUUGACUGCAUGACCCAGUGGUUUGAAUUUUUAGUUCAAGUCAGUGGUAAGAACUAGGCUUAGAAAGAUGAGCUACUAUUUAAAGUGAGCUGUGCUGCCUAAUUAAUUCGUUGUGGAAAUUAGAUCUUUUUUCCAGAGUUGGGGCAUCACCCCCAAAACAACUAUGCAUGUAGAGGACAAGAUUUAAUUUCUUUCCUCCCCCUGCCCAGUAGCCACAUCUGGUUUACUCUGGCAGCAUCUACUUAGAAAUUCAGCACCUGCGUAUCUCAGUGACAAAUGGUCACUUACAGCUUAUCUUCCCCGUGAGUCUCCAGAUCUCGUGCUUUAAGAGGUGAUAGAGUAAUUCUGUUUUCUAAGAAGAUUCAAAGGAGCUGAAUCAGUAUGCUUCCAAACAACUGAAUGUAAAACACUCCAAGCCAGCUGUUGAAUUCCAUGCCCCUAUUUACUUCCAGUAUUUUCCUGCAAAAAUAGAGAAAAAUGUUGAUGACUGUUUCAAAUUCUCUCAGGAGCUCUAAUGUUCCAGAAGGCCGGUGGUUCCAGCUGUGUUAUUUUGGUGGCAGUGUUCUCAAAACUCUUCAAAACAGUAGAGAGCCAGUGCUUGUUUCAUCCAGUGUGGUUUUCUAUAGGAAGAGAGAAGGCACAGAUGAUCAAGGCUACAGAAUAGAGAAUUACUAUACUGCUGGCCAUUUUAGAGCACCAACUUGGGACAAAACACUUCCUAACCUCUUAAACAGUUGUGCUAUCUGUAACUAGUUUAAUUUUUGUCCUUUUAGUAAGCUCAGCAACUUUACCUGUUUACAAAUGUAUUUACACCGUUUGCUUCAGGCUAUGGAGCACUAUUCCCCUUUUUACUAUUUAUAGGAUUCCUUUUUCACAACACUUUUAAUAAAAACAAACUGUAGAAAUAAACACGUUAAAAUCUGCCCAGCUGUUGUCUAAGCCCUCUUGAUUGACUUGCCCAAAUGGCAAUCCAGUUCUAAGGUCUGUAAUAAAGGGAGAUUUGCUAUUGGCGGAAAGUGUUGACCCUGUAGAGAAACAGUAUGUGCCUUUGCCUCUUUGCGCACAGUGGGUUACUAUGGCACAGAAUGAAGGUCUAUUCCCAAAUUUUUAAAUAGAAUAAAAAGGCAAAUUUCUUGAUUUUUUUUUUUUUUUUAACAAAAAAGAUGCUUAUUCAAUGCGAAAUGCCACUCUGUUGUAAAACCUGAGACAGGCAUAAUGCCAAGCAUUUCUUCCAGGUUUGCUAACAUUGUUUUAUGGUAGCUUCACAUUCUGGUAUAGUUCAAUAUGCCUUGGGGACAGUUUAAAGCCGUUCUUAAUGCCAUUCAGCUUAAAAAUAAUCCUAGAUAUGCAAAUGAUGAUUUUCUUAGAAAAGUGUUUACAAAAUGGGUUUUUUAAUAGCACAGUAAUGAAUGUGAAUGGUUACCAAUCACAUACCUACCUGUUCUGAAUUAUAGCCAAAAGAUGAUUAACUUCUAAAGAUUAUUUAUAGUGAUAUAUAUGCUAUAAUACAACCUGGCGUACAUUAAACCAACAAAAACUCAUUCUGGCAGUAGGACAGUAAUAAGGGAGGAAUUGUUUUUCCAAACUUUAAAAGUUCUCAAGUACAAACAAGUUGAAUGAAAAAAAAAAAACUAAGGUGCUUUUCAAAAGAAUAACUGAAAUUGUUGCAGGCCAAAAUAGCAAUAUAUCUCUAAUUUAGUUCAAUAAGAACGGUGAAACUUUUGGUUCACUAAUAAAUUCUGAGGAAACUAAUGGUGAAAACAAAUUGUUUCAGUGAGCCACUAAGGAAAGAAUAUUCUUAAUAUAAAUACAAAAUGUGGUGCAGCAAAGCUGUCACCUCUCUGCAUAAACUGUUGGUCAUGACUGACUUGAUGUGCUGCUGUUGUAUUUCCAUAUAUUCCUGCAAUAUAGACUAUAUAACAGCUGUGGGAAAAAUUUGUCUUCCUCUACACAGACUAAUGAGCACAAUGAUACUAACCACUUUUCUGUUGAAUAACAUGCAAUAAUUGCCUCUCAUGAGUGAGAUGUCCAUCUCAAUACUCCUAAAGCUUUUUUAUUCUCUGGUUAUAUCAAAAGCCAGUUAUAUUAAUGGAGAAUAUGGUGUACCUACCUACUACUUUAUAAGAAUUGACUUUUUACAAAGCUUGAUUUGCAUGGGUUGAGUUUACACUAACUGCUGUUUAUUAAUGAAAAUCUUGGGCCUGUUUUAAAGAAAUACUUGUCAACAGGAGUGGGUUCUCUGAACUUUUAAGACUAAUUGACCUUAAAUUCUUCUGAAAUCCAUACCUUUUAUUCCUCCUUUUGCAUUGUUCCCUUGUAGGUGCCUCAGCCUUGGCAUCUCAGGAAGACUCUUACUGCUCAUCUAAUCCCAGUGACUGUCUUGUGCCCUAGCUCUACUGCUCAGCAAAGCAGUAUGUCUUUAAUUCAGGGUUCAACCCAUUACUCUUCAACUCUAACCUGAGGGCAGUGCCACUCCUGUAACCCUCAAAGUUUGAAUCCUGAACUCCAGAUUACAAACAAGCCAGCCACUGAUCAUUUCAGUGUAAUGAAGCGUCUACUGUCAAGGAAAUCAUUUGUUAAGCCCCAGAUACAUACUGAGUUUUCAGAUCCAGAGAUGUUUACAUUUCUGGAUUAAAAUCAGUGUACUUAUGGAAAAUAAAGGCAUGUUUGAAAUUGUUUAGAGGUAAAUCUUUUUUGAUUAUUGCAAAAUGGAGAAGAAAAAUACUAUGAUGUCUACAUUUUAAUUACUAUUAAAGAUUUAGUCUAUACAGUAGGAUUAUGUUGUAUUGAAAACCGGUGGCUUUCUGCAGAUUCUAAAGCCCAAGUAAUAGUAUGAACUUAGUCUCUUUCCUUGAGAGUGAGCUUUGAAACAAUCUGAUUGAAAACGCAUCUGAAACUGUCUAAUCAUGUUAUUUUGCUACAACAGAAAAUAGUCCCUUUAUAUUUAAGCUAAGGAAAAUAAACUAGUGCAAGAAAACAAACAUACUUUUAUCCAUGAAGGAAAGAAUCUUUGGACUUUAUUUCUUAUCUUUACUUUUUCUGUAAAGUUUAAUUGCAGUUUGGAAUGGCAGCAUCAUAAGUACUUGAUGAUGCUGACCAUUCAUUCCCACCAGUUAAAAUAUCAACUACAGCCACUUUUAAUAUAUAUCAAACAGUUUGGCUUAAUUUCAUUAGCAGUUGGUAUUUAAAUACACUGAUUUAUGAAUAAUUGAAGACCUUAUUUAGGUUUAAUAGACCUUUUUUUAAUAU